UCUGUGUCAGAAGAAGUAGAUCAGUCUAGAAGGCUACGCAGCGGCUCCUCCUCAGACCAGAAGGCAUCAUGGGGGAGUCUGUGAACAGCACCGUGGCGUUUCACCCUAAGAAGCAGAGGACAGACAGCGGAGGGCAUGAGGGUGAUUUUGGAGUUUCUCUGGAGGAACUGAGGAACCUGAUGGAGGUUAGAGGAGCAGAGGCGCUCCAGAAAAUACAGGAGAACUACAGGGACACCGAAGGACUCUGUCACAGACUGAAAACUUCGCCGACAGAUGGUUUAUGGGACGUUCCUGCUGACCUGGAGAGACGGCGGCAGGUUUUUGGACAAAACUUCAUCCCUCCGAAGAAGCCAAAGACAUUUCUUCAGUUAGUGUGGGAGGCGCUGCAGGACGUCACGCUCAUUAUCCUCGAGAUCGCCGCCAUCAUCUCACUCGGCCUGUCCUUCUAUCGACCGCCGGACGGAGACAGCGAAGCUUGCGUUAGCGUGUUGGGCGGAGUGGAGGAUGAGGGCGAGGCCGAGGCCGGAUGGAUAGAGGGAGCGGCGAUCCUCCUCUCCGUGCUGUGUGUGGUGUUGGUCACCGCCUUUAACGACUGGAGUAAGGAGAAGCAAUUCCGCGGCCUUCAGAGCCGCAUCGAGCAGGAGCAGCGUUUCAGCGUCGUCCGGAACGGCGUCGUCGUGCAGAUCCCCGUCGCCGAGAUGGUGGUCGGGGACGUGGCCCAAGUUAAAUACGGCGAUCUCCUUCCUGCAGACGGAGUUCUGAUUCAGGGAAACGACCUGAAGAUCGAUGAGAGCUCCCUCACCGGAGAGUCGGAUCACGUUCGGAAAGCCGUAGAUCGAGAUCCGAUGCUGCUGUCAGGCACGCACGUGAUGGAGGGAUCAGGGAGAAUGCUGGUGACCGCAGUCGGGAUCAACUCCCAAACCGGAAUUAUCUUCACCCUCCUCGGAGCCGGAGAGGUCGAGGAGGAAAAGAGGGAGAUCAAAAAAGAGGUCAGUAGUAGCUCAUCCAUCCGGUUUUCGGGCAUUUCUACCAAAACGUGCAGCGUUGUUAAUGGAAAACAAGAUGGCGCUCUGGAGAACAAUCCGAACAAAGGGAAUAAACAGGACGAUGCCGUUGCCAUGGAGAUGCAGCCCCUCAAGAGUGCGGAGGGCGGAGAGAUGGAGGAAAAAGAGAGAAAGAAAGCGAGCGUUACCAAAAAAGAGAAAUCGGUGCUUCAGGGAAAGCUCACCAAACUGGCAGUGCAGAUCGGGAAAGCAGGUUUAGUGAUGUCAGCCAUCACCGUGAUCAUCCUGAUGCUUUACUUCGUGAUAAAGACGUUCGUCGUUCAGGGCCGCUCGUGGCUCCCAGAGUGCACCCCUAUAUACGUUCAGUACUUCGUGAAGUUCUUUAUCAUCGGGGUGACUGUGUUGGUCGUGGCCGUCCCGGAAGGUUUGCCGCUCGCUGUGACCAUCUCGCUGGCGUAUUCUGUAAAGAAAAUGAUGAAGGACAACAAUCUGGUGCGCCAUCUGGAUGCGUGCGAGACGAUGGGCAACGCCACGGCGAUCUGCUCGGACAAGACGGGAACGCUGACCACCAAUCGCAUGACGGCUGUCCAGAUCUACGUAGGAGAUCAACACUUGACGGAAAUCCCGGAGCCGCACCACGUGAACACGCACACGCUGGAGCUGCUCGCCAGCGCCAUCUCCAUCAACAGCGCCUACACCUCCAAGAUCACGGUGAGAAGCUCCUACGGCCAGCCAGCCAGAGAAGGAGGGGGGUUACCGAAGCAGGUAGGGAAUAAGACGGAGUGUGCGCUGCUGGGUCUCGUGCUGGAUCUGAAGCGUGAUUACGAGUCUAUACGAGAGCAGGUUCCGGAAGAGAACCUUUAUAAGGUCUACACCUUCAACUCCGUCCGCAAGUCCAUGAGCACCGUCAUCCAGCUCCCAAACGGACACUUCCGCAUCUACAGCAAAGGAGCAUCCGAGAUCCUGCUCAAAAAGUGUUCUGCCAUUUUGUCCCAGGGCGGUUCGGUUCGUCCGUUCGGACCUCGAGAUCGCGAUGAAAUGGUGAAGAAGGUGAUCGAGCCGAUGGCGUGCGACGGCCUCCGUACGAUCUGUGUCGCGUAUCGCGACCUUCCUAACGAUCCGCUGCCGGAGUGGGACGACGAGGCCGAGAUCAUCGACAACCUCAUCUGCAUUGCUGUGGUGGGAAUCGAGGAUCCAGUUCGGCCAGAGGUUCCAGAUGCGAUCCGGAAGUGCCAGAGGGCGGGAAUCACUGUGAGAAUGGUUACGGGAGAUAACAUCAACACAGCGCGUGCCAUCGCUGCGAAAUGCAGCAUCAUUAACGUCGGAGACGACUUCCUGUGCAUGGAGGGGAAAGAGUUCAACCGGCGAAUCAGGAACGAGAAAGGAGAGGUCGAGCAGGAGCGCAUCGACAAGAUCUGGCCCAAACUCAGGGUACUGGCUCGCUCAUCUCCCACAGACAAACAUACACUCGUCAAAGGUAUUCUCUCUCUCUCUCUCUGU